UAUCCCCUGGAUCUUCCGCUACAGCACUCCAGAGUACCUGGACACUGAGAGGGGGACCCAACCAUGAGGAGGCUCUUCCUGGUUACCUGUCUGGUGGCUGUGCUGCUGCAGGAGGCUGGUGCUGUCCCAACACCCCAGGUACCUGACAAGACCAAAGGCAAGCAUUCAGUCCCCGAUCAGGAAACAAAGACCUGGGACAACCAUGCCUUGCAGCCUCUGGAGAGGGACAGCCAGCUGGUGGAUCUGUUCCAAGCGCCAAAUCCAAAGCCUGCAGCCAUCAAGAAGCCAGGUGACAAAGCCCGGGUGGAGACUGAAGACAUCCUGAGCCCUUUCCGGAGACCCCAGCAGGGUCCUGAGUCUGACUUUGACAGUCUGUACCAUCCUGUAUCAGAGGAGAUCCAUGUCCAGGAAGAGCCCUUUGCCCGGGCAAUGCUGCCUCUCCAGGUGUUUCGAGGGCCAGAGGAGGACCUAGACCACAUCUACCACCCUGUGGAGUAGUCAUAAAUCCCUGAACACCCUCAUACAGCUGCCUUGAGGCCCAGGCUGUUGGGACUUGCCAAUCCUUCCUAGCUAGAAAAAAUAAA